AUGUCACAUGCGGAUCUGCGCAACCACACGCUUUGGCCAUACCUUGAUGCAAUCGGGACGGGCAGCAGCAAGAUGGAUUUGAUCCGGGAGAAAAUCAAAGAGAUAUUUAAAGAUGGUGAGCAGCACAAGGACGUAGGGGAGGGCCGUGGUACCUUGCGGAAAAAGAUGAUCAUAUUUAUCCUUUUCCUUGUGACGGCCUUCCUCAAUGCCCUAAUACUGCGCAAGGAACUCCCUACGCUAUGCCAAACUCUUGUACUGGCCACAGACGCUCCUCCCAAGCGGGGGUCGCUUUAUGCCCCAUUCUGCCGUAUGACUGAUGAGGAACUGCUGGAAGACAGAGAUCCCCACGAUCCUCAGCUGUUAAUCACCACUGCCCGUAUCGCCGGAGAGGGUCCCAACAUGACACGUGCCAAUUAUGUAAUAAUGACCGAGCCUGUAUUUACAAAACAGGUCAAGGACCAAGCAUUCUAUCGCGUUCAUCGCUAUGGCCAAUAA